AUGGAUUCUACCGACGAAAAGAAGACCUCCGCAGAGCUCAGGCAUUUCGAGGUCAAGCCCGAGCCCGUGGUUUCCAGUGGGACAGAAGUCACUGAUGCAGAAAAUGGAAUCCCAGAGAAAAUGAACUUCCGUGUCAUGAUGGCUCUUGUCGCUCUUGCUCUCAACUAUGAAGCCAGUCUCUUGUCCUUCAUCCUGCCAGCAGCGGUCCUGUUGACCAUCAAUAAUGCAAUUGGACCGUCGUCCGGCAUCGGCUGGGCAGCCACGUCGUGGACAUUGGUAUCUGGUGCCCUCGUGGGGAUGAACGGCCGCUUGUCCGACAUUUUUGGCCGUCGAAAGAUUCUCAUCAUCGGAAACGUGUUCGGUGUAGUUGGAACCAUCGUUGGCAGCAGAGCAAACCGAGUAGGACAAUUGAUCGCUGCCAUGACUUUGUUGGGCGCCGCCGCGUCAGGCCAGCAACUCUCCUACUCGGCCGCAUUCGACAUCGUCCCAAGGAAGCAUCGAGGAACAGCUCUGGCAUUCAUGAACCUGUUUUCGCUGCCGAGUUCAGCCUUCGGCGCCAUCAUUGCUUUCACAAUUGUCGAGAACUGCGGCUGGCGUUACACCUUCUACAUCGGAAUCCUAGCCAACGGGCUCUCCCUCGUCUUUACUGUCAUCUUCUACCAUCCGCCUGGAUUCGUUGGACUCCACCCCGACGGCAAGACCAUCAGACAGCAGUUGAGGGAGCUGGACUACGUCGGUCUCCUUCUCUUCACUGGUGGCCUGACGGUCCUGUUGGUCGGCAUUGGCUUCGGAGGGAAUCCUUAUCCUUGGACGAGUGCGACCGUGCUCGCCCCCUUGAUAAUAGGAGCCGUCACCCUCAUCGUCGGCUUCCCAUUGUGGCAAGUGUACGGACCCGGCACCGAGAAACUGUGUCCACCACAUUUGAUCAAGAGAUGGAGACGGUUUACCCUGCCACUUAUCAUCAAUUUUACUGCUGGGUUUACGCUGUACUCUAUGCAAGUCUACUGGCCGCAAAUGGUUCAAUUUUUGUUCACGACCGAACAACCACGAGUCGGCUGGUUGAGUUUCAUCAACAACGGUGCGGGAGUGUUCGCCAUCACUUGGUCUGGCGCCCUCUUUGGCCUUCUCAAGCACACCAGAUUCCAGUACAUCUUCGUGGUCUUUGCUCAAGCGGCUUUCACGGCCUCCAUGGCAUCCGUCACCCAAUGGACUCUCGCCCGUGCCGUCGUUCUCUGCAUCUUCACUGCCCAAUUCACGUGCGCGGCCAACAUCAUCGGGUGUCUGUUCCUUCAGUUCGGUGCCGGUGACGAGAACUUGGGCGUCGCUGUCGGGUUGAGAAACUCCAUUUCAGCCGCUGGUGGGGGUAUCGCCCUUGCCAUCUUUGGCAGCAUCCUCAACAACAAAGUCAGUUCGAACAUGGUGCCUACUCUCGCCGGCGCCGUAACCGAAGCUGGUCUUCCGGCCACUUCUAUCGAGUCCUUUAUCACGGCAUUCCUCUCCGGAAAACCAGACCUUCUUAUGGCAGUCCCCGGCGUCGAUGCGGAGGUCCUCGGCGCAGCCACAAUUGCAUCGCGAGACGUAUACGGCAGUGCCUUUAGGAUGAUCUUCCUGGUCACGUUGGCCUUUGGAUCCGUUGCAUGCAUCGUCAGUCUCUUCGUCCCCAGCGUCGACAAGUUCUUGACCCUCCAAACCGCCGUCCAACUCGACAAGCCACACGUCAUCGCCCACGGCGAGGGUGAAGCCAAGGUCCUCAGAAUCCACACCCCGGACAGCGAUGAGGAGAGCCGCAAGGACGACAGCGCCGUCUAA